AUGGAGUGUUAUCUCUCUCCUUUUUUUUCUCUCCUUCUCUCUAAUCGUCUGUCUCUCUUUUAUCUAUCUUAUUAUGUGAUAUUCCGUCCCCACAUUUCUCCCUUUCUUUUAUUUCCUUCUUUUCUUAUUAUCUGUCUGAUGUUAGAAUCUGUAUCAUUGCCAUCUGUGUUUGUCGAACUGACGCACACAAUAUCUUCUUUCUUUGUCAUUCUCGCCCUCUCUCUCUCUCUCUCUCUCUCUUUCCAGUCCACCCCCUCCCACAUUUCUCCCUUUCUCUCUCUCUCCCCCCCCAUACCACUUUCCUUCUUUCUUUCUGUCUCUCGCUCUCUUUCUUUUAUCUGUCUGAUGUUAGAAUCUGUAUCAGUUAUUAUCUGUGUUUGUCGAACUGACGCUACAAUAUCUUCUUUCUUUGUCGCUCCCCCCCUCUCGCCCUCUCUCUCUCUCUCUCUCUCUCUCUCUUCUUUCCCUCAACCUACUCUUUAA